UUCUGAUUGGCUGUGCGGAGAUGAUAACCGCACCUCCCCUGACGACAGUGGAAUUUCCUGAGCUGACCGGAGCUUGCCCGUGUCCGGGGUUACCGUACUACACCACUUGAGAUUUAGUAGAUGUAUGAAAGGGUCCGAGGUGUAUCGAACAUCGAUGAAAAUCGCGCGAUUUCUUAAUUUCUUUUUCGAACCUGUUCUACAUAACAGUCGCCUGAAUCGGUAUAAAAUGAAUAGCACUAGGCCUAUAUCUGAUUUGGGCAAAUCAUGGACGUGUUUUACUAUUGUGUUGCCACAACAAACCUUUUCCUUAGCAAAUGCCCUCAAAACGAAGUACCGAUCGCCACACAGUCAGGACAACUUGGAAAACUGCAACUUGAGCAAGCAUGGAUUUUUGUUUGGUUUUAAUUGUAAACAAUCGGCUCAGAGUGAAAUAGGAACAGUGGGAAAUUACAUAAGAUCUGCUAUUGCAGCCUAUAAUGUAUCGAGGGAUGUAAAUGUGGCAAAUAUCGAAGGAUUAUACAUAGCAACAGCGUUACUCGAAAGUGAAAGUAGAUUUCCACUUACUCGUGGUGUAGCUGUUUAUUCGACGGAGGCACAUGCGUGGAGUUUGCAAAACGAUAACAAAUCAGUAAUAGGGAAAGUAUUUCGAAAAUAUGGAAUUGAUACAGUUUUUAGAAUUAAUUUGCUUUCCAAGGAAGAGAAAACAAACUGCACGUCUGAAGAUUACUUGAAGGCGUUUCAAUUUGAAGAUGUGUCCCAAAAUCAACUGUGUGUAGAGGAAGUACUCUUUCAAAGAUGCGGUUCAAGUUCGUCUCUAACAUCUCCUGUAUUUGCCAGUGACCAGUAUAGCCCAGUCUUUCAUAGUCUAUCAAGAUCACGGUCUGUCCUGGAGAAGUGUUCAUUAUGGAUGAAAGAAGCUAAAGAGCUCAUACAGAUUUGCGAUGCUGCAUUUCCACAAGACUUUAACCUCAUAGAGCUGAGGAAGAAGAUGAAAUUUCCAUUUGUUGUGGUGGAAGGACUAGAUGCAACAGGUAAGACCACUUUGACAGAAAUGCUAGAGAAAAAAAUGGAUGCUUGCAGAUACUUCACCCCUCCCCCCGAGAUACAGCAUUUGAGGAAACACUUCGACGACCUCCCAGAAAUCGUUAGAAGGGCCUACUACUCUGUUGGUAACUACAUCGUUGCCAUGGAGAUAAUGAAAACAUGCCAGAGGCAGCCAGUCAUCAUGGACAGGUAUUGGCAUAGCACUACUGCAUAUGGUAUAGCCAAUGAAACCAGUGUUGAGGACAUGCCUGGGAAGGGCCACUGGGUUUAUGAAUGGCCAGAUGACCUUCUGACUCCUGACCUUGUCCUUUUUCUGACAGUUAGUGAGGAAGUCAGAAAGCAAAGAAUGGUGGGAAGAGGAGGGGAGAAAACUCUGGAGGAGAAGCACCUUGAUAAAGAUAAACUGUUUAGGGAGAGAUUAUACUUGGCGUACAAACGGAUGGUGAAUCCUGGCUGUAUAGAAAUCGACGCCAGUGGCCCUGUGGAUUCUGUAAUCAGUGCAGCGGAAGCAGAGCUGUCUAAACAUGGAAUUCAGCUCAAUAUAGCUGCAAACAUUUAAGACAUUUUGAGAAUCAAACUUUGUUUUAGCAUAUAUAAUGUAUUAGAAUGCAAAAAUACAUGUUGUGUACUGUUUGCUAAAAACAUUUCACCUCAUAUAAUUAUUUUUGUCCACUGGUCAUUUGGGCUAUCAACUUUUAAUGGUCAGUUGAGAACUUUUUACUGUCCCUUUGGACCAGUGGAUAGAAAAAUGACAAAUUUAUUAAUAAUGAAACAUUUUCAUGAUUAUUUAUAAUUGUAUAUUGCUUAAUCAAACUAGCAUUAAGAGCAGGUCUCAAAACAUUGUAAUCUUACUAUUCUUAUCUAUACUUUUCAUUUAAACUGUAGACAUUGAA